AUGACAGAGGUUCCAAGGCUUAUGAGCCAAGGAGUGUGGGAGAACACAAUAAACGCUAAGGCCUUCAUGGUCAUGUUCUCGAUGAAGGCUGAAUGCGCGGUGGAGCUGGGGUAUAUUCUGGUGGUGAGAGACUUCUUGGAAGUUUUUCCCGAUGAUAUUGUCUCUGCCAAACAGCCCAUUAGAUGCAUACAAAGAGAGAGGGAAGCACUCCUUCAGUUCAAGGCUACACUUGUAGAUGACUACAACAUGCUCUCAUCAUGGACCACUCCAGAUUGUUGCCAAUGGAAGGGAAUUCGUUGCAGCAACCUCACUGCCCACGUACUCACGCUCGACCUCGGAGAAUAUUUACUCCGCGGUGACAUCCACAAGUCAUUGAUGGAGUUGCAACAAUUACAGUACUUGAACCUCAGUUCGAAUAAUUUUCAAGAUAUUCAUAUCCCAGAGUUUUUCUCUUCUCUUCACAACUUGAGAUCCCUUGAUCUCUCGUAUGCUGGUUUUGGUGGAAAAAUUCCAAGUAAAUUUGGGUCUCUCCCACAUUUGAAAUACUUAAAUCUUGCUCACAAUUCUUUGGAGGGUUCAAUCCCUUGUCAACUUGGAAAUCUCUCCAUGUUGCAGCAUCUUGAUCUCAGUGGCAAUUCUCUAGAAGGAAAUAUACCAUCUCAGCUUGGGAACCUGUUCAACUUGCAAAAGCUUUAUCUUGGAGAGUAUAACAGUGCUCUCAAAAUGGAUGAUGGGAAUCACGGUGGAGGUCAGUGGCUGUCUAAUCUCACUUCUUUAACCCAUCUUUACUUGCGCUCUGUAUCUAAUCUCAACGGUUCUCAUUCUUGGCCGCAAAUGAUUGGCAAGCUUCCAAAGCUACGAGAAUUAGGCCUACGUGAUUGUAGCCUUUCCGAUCAUUUUAUCCUCUCAAUGAGGCCUUCUAAAUUCAACGUUUGUACUUCUCUUUCUGUCUUGGAUCUCUCUGAAAACACCUUCACAUCGUCCAUCAUAUUCCAAUGGGUGUCAAACAUUACUUUCAACCUUGUUGAGCUUGAUCUUAGUGGUAACCCUUUGGAGGCUUCCCCAUCGAAUCAUUUUACUACUAAGACUGUUAAGCUACCGAAACUAAGAGAACUAAGCUUAUCUUAUUGUGGCCUUUCCGAUAAUUUUCUCCAUUCAGUGACUCCUUCCAACUUCAAUCUUUCCACUUCCCUUUCCAUCCUUGAUCUCUCUGAAAACACCUUCACAUCAUGCAUGAUAUUCCAGUGGAUGUCAAACAUGAGUUCAAAUCUUAUUGAGCUUGACCUUAGUUAUAACCUCUUGGAGGGUUCCACAUCUCAUUUUGGCGUAAUGAUGAAUUCACUUGAGAGGCUUGAUCUCUUCGGCAAUAGACUCAAGGGUGGGUUUCUGAAAUCCUUCAUGAAUAUAUGCACCUUGCGUUCUUUGAACAUGCAAGAAAAUAAUUUAACCGAAGAUCUUCCAUCAAUUCUUCAUAAUUUGUCUGGUGGAUGUCUUAGAUAUUCAUUACAAGAGUUGGAUCUGAGCAUUAAUAAAAUCAUUGGCCUUUUAACUGGCAUUUCAGUAUUCUCAUCUUUGAAAACAUUGGAUCUUUCUAACAAUAAUUUAAACGGAAUACCUGAUGGUAGCAAAUUGCCCCCUCAUUUGGAGUCUUUGUCAAUCCAAGGGAACUCUUUGGAAGGUGGUAUUCCAAAAUCAUUUGGGAACGCAUGUGUUUUGAGCUCAUUGCACCUGUCUUUUAACAAUUUGAAUGUAGAGCUCCCAAUGAUAAUCCAUCAUUUAUCUGGAUGUGCUGGAUACUCACUGCAAAAAUUGAAUCUGGAAGGAAACAAAAUCAAUGGCACGUUGCCUGACCUCUCAAUGUUUUCAACUUUGAAAACAUUGGAUCUUUCUAACAAUAAUUUAAAUGGAAUACCUGAUGGUAGCAAAUUGCCUCCUCAGUUGGAGUCUUUGUCGAUCCAAUCGAACUCCUUGGAAGGUGGAAUUCCAGAAUCAUUUGGGAGCACAUGUACUUUGAAUUCGUUGGACCUUUCUUAUAAUAGUUUGAGCGAAGAAGUAACAGGGAUAUUUAGUCACUUGUCUGGGUGUUCUGGAUAUUCACUGCGAGAAAUAAAUCUGAAUGGCAACAAAAUCAAUGGCACAAUAUCUGACUUCUCAAUGUUUUCAAAAUUCAUAAGCGUUAUGCUCUCAGGGAAUCGAUUAGGUGUGAAGACACCUAAAAGCAGCAUAUUAUCAUUCGAUCAAUUGGAGAAAGAGAGUGGAGCUCCAAAUUCAUUUCAAAAUGCGGGUACUUUGCAAUCACUGGACCUGUCCAAUAAUAGUUUGAGUGAAGAGCUUCCAACGAUAAUCCAUCACUUGUCAAGAUAUGCUAGAUACUCAUUGCAAAGAUUAGAUCUAAGCAAGAAUCAAAUCAACGGCACUCUGCCCAACCUCCGUCCACUGUUCCCAUCUUUGAAAGCAUUGGAUCUUAGUGAAAACAGGCUUAAUGGGACCAUUCCUAAAGAUGUUCAAUUUCCAACAGAACUAAGGAGUUUAUUUUUGAAUUCAAACUCUAUGAAAGGUGUGAUCACAGACUCCCACUUUGCUAAUAUGUCAAAGUUAGACUCAUUGAACUUGUCUGGUAACUCAUUGGCCUUGGCAUUUACCCACAAUUGGGUCCCACCAUUUCAGUUGUCCACCAUCGGAUUGAGAUCUUGCACGCUACGUCCAGCAUUUCCCAAAUGGUUGCAAACACAAAAUAACUACCAAAUUAUUGACAUUUCUGAUGCUGGAAUAUCAGAUACUGUUCCACGUUGGUUUUGGGCUAAAUUAGCAUCGCAAAUGUUGAUGACAGUGAAUAUUUCACAUAACAAUCUCAAAGGUGUAGUUUCAAAUUUACCACUAAAGAAUCUUCAAUAUUCUCUAAUUCUUGCAUCGAAUCAAUUUGAAGGUCCAAUACCACCAUUUCUACGACAUUCAACGAUUCUCGAUCUAUCAAACAAUACAUUUUCAAAUUCUCUUCCAUUUUUAUGUGCCAGCGGUGUAGCCGAUACUUUAUACCAAUUAGACCUUUCACAUAAUGAAUUAUCUGGAGAAAUUCCAGAUUGUUGGAGCCAAUUCAAGUCACUAGUUUAUCUAGAUUUGAGUCAUAAUAAUUUUUCAGGAAAGAUUCCUACUUCCAUAGGAUCACUUCUUCAACUUCAAGCACUGCUAUUGAGAAACAAUAACUUAACAGAGGAAAUUCCUUUCUCGUUGAGAAGUUGCACAAAGUUAGUAAUGAUAGAUAUGGCAGAAAAUGGAUUAUCAGGACCUAUCCCUACUUGGAUUGGAAGCACGUUGCAAGUGUUGCAAAUUUUAAUCUUAGCAAGGAAUCAAUUCUUUGGAAGUUUGCCAUUACAAAUUUGUUAUCUAAAAAGCAUUCAACUUUUGGAUCUCUCACUCAAUAAUUUCUCUGGACAAAUUCCUAAAUGCUUCCAAAAUUUCACUUCAAUGGCUCGAAAGACUUCCUCGAAGGAUCAUCCCCAGCAUUUAUAUUUAGUCAACACGACGAUUUUUGCGCCGGAAAAUACGUCUUAUGAUUUGAAUGCAAUCUUAAUGUGGAAAGGUGCGGAAGAAGUGUUCAAGAAUUAUGGGCUUUCCCUUUUAAAAAGCAUUGAUCUCUCCAGCAACAACUUCUCAGGAGGAAUUCCAGCAGGAAUAGAGAAUUUAUUUGCACUGAUUUCAUUGAAUUUAUCAAGAAAUAAUUUGAGAGGAGAAAUUCCUUCAAAUAUUGGAAAGCUUGCAUCACUUGAAUUUCUUGACUUAUCAAGAAACCAAUUUGAUGGUUCAAUUCCAUGGAGUCUUACUCAAAUUCAUCGACUCACCAUGUUAGAUUUGUCGCAUAACCAUCUAAGUGGAGCAAUUCCAACUGUUCAAGAUAAUUUUGAUCUUUGUGGGGCGCCACUCGAGAAAUUGUGUGUUGAAGGGGAACCACCGCAAGAACCAAUUCAAGAGAAAGAGAAAGAGAAAGAUGAUUCACUCUUCACUCGUGGAUUUUACAUUAGCAUGACAUUUGGAUUUGUGAUAGGCUUUUGGGGGAUCUUCGGCUCAAUCUUGAUUAAGCGUUCUUGGAGGCAUGCUUAUUUCAAGUUCUUGAACAAUUUCAUAGACCGUGUUUAUGUCAUGGUUGCAAUUAAACUUAGCAUUGCUGGUAAUAAUGGCUAA